AUGAGCCGAUCUUUCCAAAAUGCUACACUUUUGUUGACCAGGAAAUGCCGCUACGGAGGUGAGGAUGAAUAUUGGGUGGAGACCCGUGAGACAGGAGAACGUGGCCAGGAACAAAACAAGAAACAUGAAAGGAAGGAGAUUUCUGAGGACAAGAGUGAAACACCCAUUGGCGAUGUGAACAUUGCCCGUUUGAAAGCUGCAUCGAUACGGUCCACUGCCCUCGCCAGCGAAGCUGCUGUAGCCACAUCAGAGGCAAUGAGGGCGAAGGAUGUGUUCCGCAAAUAUUGCGAUUCUGUUUUGCAGAAGACGGCAAAAGUUCGCUCCCUGGCGACCGAUCUCAAGAAGAACUACCCAACUGAUGAAACUGCUCAGAAGUCAGGUCCUUAUAAGCCAUUGUUUCCAAGUGAUCGAUAG